AUGCCGCCUCCAGAGCCAGAAAAGGUCGACAAGCGGCAAGCAGCGCGCGAAGUGAUUGACAUCCUACAUGAGAUAGCGACACUGCUGAAUACCCAUCUCAACCGCCAGCAGCUGUCCUACUGCGUCUCUUUGAUCGAAAAUGGCGUCAAUCCUGAAGCGCUGGCCAAUGUAAUCAAGGAGCUUCGGACGCAGUAUCCUGAGCCUGUCCUGGCUGAUGGGAAGAACGAGGCGUAA